UAUGAGAUUCUCGCUCAAUCGCACUCUCUUCGGUCUGGAUUGUUUCAGCUCAGUGCGCCGUCGAUGGAGUCAUUGUUAGUGAGCUCAACCUGUUCGACAUUUUCCCCUAUUCUCUCUCCACACAAGCACGCCCUUACGGCGAAACCCUUCUUCGCCCGAGCUGCGCGCCUUCCGUUUCUCGCGCACGCCUCGCAGCACGUGAACGCGCCGCCACCUCCCAUGGCAAAAGAGAAGGAAGCGAAGCUGUGGGGGGGACGCUUCGAGGAGAGCGUGACGGACGCCGUGGAGAAGUUCACCGAGUCCAUAUCCUUCGACAAAGCUCUCUACAAGCAUGAUAUCAUGGGCAGCCGAGCCCACGCCUCUAUGCUUGCAGUCCAGGGAUUGAUUAGCGAAAAUGACAGGGAUACAAUUCUACAAGGUCUAGAUGAGAUAGAAAGGCAAAUUGAAGCAGGCAAGUUCUUGUGGAGGACUGACAGAGAGGAUGUGCACAUGAACAUUGAAGCAGCUCUUACUGAUUUAGUGGGUGAAUCUGCAAAGAAGCUUCAUACUGCUAGGAGUCGAAAUGAUCAAGUUGCAACUGACUUCCGUUUAUGGUGCCGUGAUGCUAUUGACAGAAUUAUUUCACGUAUCAAAAAUCUUCAGGUUGCUUUGAUUAAACUUGCUAUAAAAAAUGAGGGUCUGAUCGUUCCUGGAUAUACCCAUUUGCAAAGAGCACAACCAGUUCUGCUGCAACAUCUUCUCUUAGCAUAUGUUGAGCAGCUUGAACGUGAUGCUGGCCGCUUAGCAGAUUGUAGAGAGAGGCUGAACUACUGUCCUCUAGGAGCAUGUGCUUUAGCUGGUACCGGUCUUCCCAUUGAUCGAUUUAUGACUUCUGAUGCAUUGGGAUUCACUGCACCCAUGAGGAACAGUAUUGAUGCUGUUUCAGACCGUGAUUUUGUUAUGGAACUUCUGUCAGCGAAUUCCAUCACGGCCAUUCAUCUCUCUCGACUUGGUGAAGAAUGGAUAUUGUGGGCUUCAGAGGAAUUUGGCUUUGUCACACCUAGUGACGCAGUUUCCACUGGAAGCAGUAUUAUGCCUCAGAAGAAGAACCCCGAUCCUAUGGAACUUGUUCGCGGCAAGUCUGCCAGAGUUGUAGGUGACCUGGUCUCGCUUCUUGUUUUGUGCAAGGGACUCCCACAGGCAUAUAACCGGGAUUUACAGGAGGAUAAGGAACCGGUAUUUGAUAGCGUGAAGACCAUAGCAGGAAUGCUUGAAGUGUCAACAGAGUUUGCCCAGAACAUUACUUUUAAUCAGGAACGAAUACAAAAGGCUUUACCAGCUGGUCAUCUUGAUGCCACUACCUUAGCAGAUUACCUUGUGAAAAAGGGAAUCCCGUUCAGAACAUCACACGACAUAGUCGGGAGGGCUGUUGCUUUGUGUGUUUCAAGAAAUUCUCAACUUCUAGAUCUUAGUCUCGACGAGUUGAACAGCAUUAGCCCAGUGUUUGACAAUGAAGUCUACGAGUUUCUAGGAGUCGAGAAUUCGAUUAAGAAGUUCAGUUCUUAUGGCUCUACUGGUUCAGAAUGCGUCGCUAGUCAACUCGAUUACUGGAUCGCAAAGCUCAAGAUUCAAUAAGAUACAGAUCUGUAAAGAAAGCACCUGUGGCUAAACUUUGGGGUGAAAGAUUUCCUAUAUCUACAAUUAGAGGACCACAAAACAGCACAGGGGAAAAGGGAUGACAGACAUUUCCUACAACUUUUGAUCUGUGAGUCAGUUUAUAUUGUCAUUAGCUUCUAAAAUGCAUGAAAAAUUACACUACCAAUCUUAUGUACCAGUAGUAAUUUAACCUUAUUUCCUUUCUAUUGAUAAAACUCAUUUGCUGAGAUUGGUAUAUUGGUAUGUUGAAAUUGCUGUUAUGAGAGUGGGAUUAAUCUUGAAAAUGAAUGGGUUAAAGGCAAUUGUUAUACCA